CGCCCCACUCCCUGCCUUGUUCCCUCCUCCUGAUGCAGUGCAACAGGUCUUACAUGUCAACUAACUACAAUUACCUACAGGCUGUCAAACCAACAUUUGCUAUAAUAUUUGAGGAAAUCUCAUUUUGCAAUGAUAUUUCGGACAGCGGUGGAGCAUGCCAAGAAGCACCCUGGCUUGAUCCCCCAGUUCUUCUUCAUCUGUUUGGGAAUGGGUGGGGCUUCUCUUUACCUGAUCCGAUUGGCCAAAGGACCUCAUGUGACCUGGGACAAGACCAAUAAUCCAGAACCCUGGAAUAAACUUGAUCCCACAUACCAGUAUAAGUUUGUGGCUAUCACUACUGACUACAAGAACCUGAAGAAGGAGGGACCAGAGUUCUGAAUUUGGCCACCAUCCACCACUACAAGUAACUCACUAACAGUAUAUAUAACAUUACGGUCACUGUGUUCAUCUCAAGGAAUAAAAUACAAAAAUGAAUAUGACAAGGUGUUCUUCAUUAAGGAGAUAAGAAAGAGAAGAGAAUCAUUCAUUCAUUCAUUUUCUACCGCUUAUCCUCACAGGG